AUUCUCCUGAGUUUAUCAACCUACGCACCUAGAACCUUUUGAAUUCUGGUUGCAUUCAAGAUCUAAUUGACGUUGACUAGAACUCAGUCAUCACUGUCAGAUAUCCUUCUUUGUUGCUUAGCAAGAAGCUGACUGACUACCAGUGGGGCUACUUGUGAAAAACUACUACUCAGCCAAAAUAAAAGACAGCGUUGCUUCAUUAGUGUCCACUGUCGGCUCUCAAAGGCUACUAAAAUUUUAGCUGCUGCUUUGAAACAAACUUCACUUAUUGUGCUCUUUCCCACACCAUACUGCACUGCUGCUUCACUCUUGCCUUCUUCAGCGCUCAGGCCCUCAGAGCACACUAAGAGACUUUUAAUAUUCACAAUGAAACUUAGGCUAGAAGUAUGUGCCAUUCUCUUGCUGCCUGUGUACUUGUUAAUAUCUGUGUACAGUAUGCUUGUAUUUAUUCCAUGGUAUUUUCUUACCAAUGCUAAGAAGAAAAAGGCUAUGGCAAAACGUUUAAAAGCUAAACCCGUCUCGGACAAACCUGGAAGCCCCUACCGUUCUGUCACUCAUCUCGAGUCACUAGCAAACAUAAACAUUCCCGGAGCAGACACGUUGGACAAGCUGUUUGACCACGCUUUAGCAAAGUUUGGGAAAAAGGAUUGCCUCGGGACCAGAGAAAUACUCAGUGAAGAAAAUGAAAUGCAACCAAAUGGAAAAGUGUUUAAAAAGUUAAUCUUAGGAACUUACAAAUGGUUAUCCUACGAAGAAGUAAAUCAGAAAGUGAAUCACCUGGGGAGCGGACUGGCUGCACUGGGACUAACCCCAAGGAGUACUGUCGUUAUCUUCUGUGAGACCCGAGCAGAAUGGAUGAUUGCAGCACUAGCCUGCUUCAAGUACAACUUUCCUCUUGUUACUUUAUAUGCCACGCUGGGUGAAGAGGCAGUAACCUAUGGUCUCAAUGAAUGUGGGGCAUCAUAUCUGAUCACUAGUGUGGAACUUCUUGAGAGCAAACUUAAGACUGCACUGCCAGAAGUCUCCUGUCUUAAACAUAUCAUUUAUGUGGGUAAGAAGACUAUCAAUAAAUCUGAAUACCCUGAAAACAUGGAGAUUCAUAGUAUGCAAACAGUAGAAGAGCUGGGAGCCAAACCAGAAAACUUAAGUGUUCUGCCAAGCAGACCUGUUCCCACAGACUUGGCUUUAGUAAUGUACACCAGUGGCUCUACUGGAAAACCUAAAGGAGUGAUGAUGAUGCAUAAAAACUUGAUAGCUGGAAUGACGGGACAGUGUGAAAGAAUACCUGGGCUGGGGCCCAAGGAUACUUAUAUUGGUUAUUUGCCUCUGGCCCACGUAUUAGAAUUGACAGCAGAAAUUUCUUGUGUUACUUAUGGCUGCAGGAUUGGAUAUUCUUCCCCACUCACACUGUCAGAUCAGUCAAGUAAAAUUAAGAAAGGAAGCAAAGGAGACUGUACUGUACUAAAGCCCACGCUGAUGGCAGCCGUGCCUGAAAUAAUGGACAGAAUUUAUAAAAAUGUCAUGAGUAAAGUUCAAGAGAUGAACUAUAUUCAGAGAACCCUGUUCAAGAUAGGCUAUGACUACAAAUUGGAACAAAUCAAAAGGGGAUAUGAUGCACCUCUUUGUAACGUACUAUUAUUUAAAAAAGUAAAGGCAUUACUAGGAGGGAAUAUCCGUAUGAUGCUUUCUGGAGGAGCACCACUCUCACCUCAGACACAAAGAUUCAUGAACAUCUGUUUCUGCUGUCCUGUUGGCCAAGGCUAUGGAUUAACAGAAACAUGCGGAGCUGGAACAAUUACAGAAGUUGCUGAUUACAGCACUGGCAGAGUUGGAGCGCCUCUUAUUUGUUGUGAAAUUAAAUUGCGAGACUGGCAAGAAGGGGGCUAUACCAAUAGAGACAAGCCUAAUCCUAGAGGAGAAAUUGUAAUUGGCGGGCCUAAUGUCUCAAUGGGAUAUUUUAAAAACGAAGAGAAGACCUCAGAAGAUUUCUCCAUUGAUGAGAAUGGCCAGAGAUGGUUUUGUACUGGCGAUAUAGGGGAAUUUCAUCCAGAUGGAUGUCUGCAGAUCAUAGAUCGUAAAAAAGACUUGGUAAAGCUACAAGCAGGAGAGUAUGUAUCUCUGGGCAAAGUAGAGGCAGCACUGAAGAACUGUCCAUUGAUUGACAAUAUCUGUGCUUAUGCCAAAAGUGACCAGUCUUACGUGAUCAGUUUUGUGGUUCCUAACCAGAAGAAGCUGACAACAUUAGCUGAGCAGAAAGGCAUCAGUGGAUCCUGGGUAGAUAUUUGUAACAAUCCUAUAAUGGAAGCUGAAAUACUGAGAGAGAUUAAAGAAGUGGCAAACAAGAUGAAAUUAGAGCGGUUUGAAAUCCCCAUCAAAGUACGGUUAAGCCCUGAACCAUGGACCCCGGAGACUGGGUUAGUAACAGAUGCUUUCAAGUUGAAAAGGAAAGAACUGAAAAACCAUUACCUCAACGACAUCGAAAGAAUGUAUGGCGGCAAAUAAAUUUGAGUUGUCUUGACUAGACAGUUGUGCAGAAGGUCUCAUGCCUCAAUUUUAGGUGUCCUUGUAUACUUAGAUAUCACAUGUUAAAGAUAAUACACAAAAUGGAUGAAUGUUUCUAUAAUCUCUAAUGACAACAACAGAGGAGAAAAAAAAAUCUUAGAUUCCAAAUUCCUAGUUACUAGCAGAAACCACUGAUGCUCUUUACCAUUUCGUGUGAUCAUCUCCAGUUUUGAGAUGGGCAUAAUUAUGUGAAGCAGUGUGACCAGGUGAAUGCUAUUAUUAUUGUUCCUCUAGCAUAUUCAGACUGCUUUCAUUCUUCUAAUUCCUACUAAAGUCAAUCCAAUGGUGAUUAUUAUGUCAUAUUAAAACUUAAGAAGGGAGAAAAAUAUCUAAAGCUUACCACUCUCCCUUUGAAAAAAAAUUAAAAAAAAAAAAAACCCACACAACCAUUAGUCAAGAGCUUGCUAGAGGUCACUAAUAAUGCAUUGCUUGAAAACAGAUGGAUUCUUCUGCACAUCAAUCAAUAUCUUGACUAUUUACAGUGCCUAAAAGAGAAUACAAAGUACACUUACUGAAAUAAAGGUGAACUGAAAAGCUUUCUAAAAAUAAGUUAUUUGACAAUUCAUUCAAGACUGCUGAAUCCUGUUUCAUCUUCCAAUUCACGAAAUACAUUUUUACUUGCCAUCAUAUUUUAAUUCAAGCAGAACUUUCCACUAGGGCAUGCAGCAUAAAAGACAACUAAGACUUGCAGUGCUGCAAGCAGUAAUGAUGUUAGAGAAAUCAUCAGCUGAAUGCCCAACUUGCAUCUUGGCUGGCAAACAGCAGUGAAACUGAUGGACGGUUGUCUUUAAGCAGAUUUGUAACUCAAAGGAGAACUUGGGGUUUGCUUUGGGGGCAGGGGAAGUGUUUGGUUUUGUUUUUAAGACACUGAACCUCCGGAACGCUACACAUAUAUGAGAAAUAUUACAAGUAACCUAUAUGUAAGUUACAGGAUCAGGGUCUAAGAUGACUGUAUUCACAAUACAGAAAAGUAUUUCUGUUCACCUUUUAAAUAUUGUAACCAAGACAACCAGAAACCAAUAGUAGUUUCUCCAUUGUCUUGUUUUAUUUAUGGAAAAAGUAGUGUCUGGCUGGAGAUCUUUGUUUUAAGGAACUUGUAAAAAAGGGACAAAUCACUCUACAUAGAAAUUCAUUAUUAAAAAAAAAAAAAAGUUCUUUUAAUAACUGGAAAUUGUAGGUAUGCUGAAGUGAGAGGGUAGGGAAUAAUUUAAUAAUAGUUUAUCAUUUUGUGUGCAGUAUUCUGUACUGUGUCUCUUGAAUUGUUAGUACCCGAGCUCCUGCAUCCCUGCUAGCUCUUUGCACUUAAACCAUUAAAUGCUGUAAAAAGUGGAAGUUCUUGAUACUGUUCUACUUUGCACUUUUCUUAAUCAUUUUAUAUAUGUUGCUUACAUUUUGUACAGGUGUGGCCUCAACUGUUCUAUAUUAUAAAUUCCUUUUCAAGUAUUUAUAGAUUUCUUCUAUUCAUAUGUGUUGUGUAUAUGAGGAUUAAAAAGGAAAAGUUGGUAUUGUCACUGUACAGAAAGAAAAAGGUUUUGUAAGACUUCUCUUGAACCUACUAGCUUGCAAUUUCAGGGCAAGUUUUUCCUUUAUUGGGUGUAUGUGUAUUUUCCUUUUCCCCAGCUCAAACAGCUUUCAGCAAAAAUAAAUCAUGGCUAUAGACUGGUUAACCAGCUGCCCCUUCUCCUUGGGAUGACCUUCUUUAACUUUCCCAUGCAUAGCUUCUCUCUCCAGUCCAGAACGAACAUUGCCAGCUGAUCUUGCAAGGACCCUGAGGGGAAGGGGAAAGAGCAAGUCUAGUGCUUAACACUGACUGCUGCGAGUUGGGCAUGGAAUUACAAAAGUCACUAAAAGGAACCAGGAAAAAGGUUUUCUAAAAAAAAA